ACUGGAGAUCAGAGUCUAGCAGUCAUGGUUUUUCUUUUUCUCUUUGAAGCAAAUCUCUGAAUUAGAUCGAAGAUGUUGGGUAUGAUGCUAGGUUUGUUAUAACCUUCCGACAUCGAGUGAAGCUGAAUCCUCUUUCUCUCCUUCUCUGACGCUUUCGCUUUCGCUCUCUUUGUUAAUCUCUCCCAAUUUCGCAAAUCUAUAGACUCUCCCCAAAUCAUCGCAUCAGAUAAUCCAUCAUGGGAGGUGAAGCAGCAGUAGCAGCACUUGCUCCAGGUUUCCGAUUCCACCCAACUGACGAAGAACUCGUUAGUUUCUACCUUAAGCGUAAGGUCUGCGGAAAAUCCUUUCGUAUCGACGCGAUCUCGGAAGUUGAUCUUUACAAAUCCGAGCCAUGGGAUCUUCCAGGUAAGUCGAGGCUGAAGAGCAGAGACCAAGAGUGGUAUUUCUUUGGUGUUCUAGAUAAGAAGUAUGGAAACGGGUCGAGAACUAAUCGUGCUACGGAGCAGGGUUACUGGAAGACGACGGGGAAGGACCGGACGGUCCGACGGAACAAUCGGACCGUCGGGAUGAAGAAAACCCUCGUCUUCCACAUUGGACGUGCACCGCAUGGCGAGCGGACUAAUUGGGUCAUGCAUGAAUACAGGCUUGUCGACGAAGGGUUAGAGAAAGCGGGCAUCGCGCAGGAUGCCUAUGUGCUGUGUAGAAUUUUCCGGAAAAGCGGUGCGGGACCUAAGAAUGGAGAGCAGUAUGGAGCGCCGUUAAUCGAGGAGGAAUGGGAUGAGAAUGUUUGGGAUGAGAAUGUUUUGGAUGAGAAUGUUGUGGAUAUAUUGGUUCCAAAGGGUAACAUCGGUGAUACCGCCCCUUCUCAUAUUGGGGAUGAAGGAUAUCUUCAGCCCUACCUCGAGCAGAAUAUUGACAUGGGUGCUCCGUCUGAAAAUGUUCCUCUCUCGCUGAAAUUUUAUUAUGAAGAUGGUUGCAACCCCUUAGAGCAGGCUGAAGGGUUCCUUACAGAUGAUCAGAAGGCCCUUAAUGGUGGGGCUGGAAAAGAUGAUUUGCCAGAGCUGUCCGAGGAACAAAAGUUCUUUGACUUACCAGAACAAUAUCAGAUGGACCUCCUACCACUCAAAGAUGAAUAUUUUGUUGAAUUGAAUGACCUUUUGUAUCCUAUCGAUGGCGAUCAUAUUGCUGAUAACCCAGUUAAUGAUGAAAUGAAAAGCUCCGAUCCUUAUAAUUUCCCAGUUGAUGAUGGUUCAUUCCUAGAAAUUAAUGAUCUCCAAGAACCUGUUGAGGCAGAUCCGUCAGGGUUGGAAAUGCUAGAUGAGUACAUUAAUGGGCCACUGUAUUCUUCUAAAAUUUUAGAGAGUGAAGCUCCCAUCCUGGACCCAUCAGCCUUCACCCAAGGGGUGAAUAGUGGAACUGGAGAACCACUGGUGAUGGCACAACCCUCGAAAUCACUGGGUAGCGAAAUCGCUUCCUCUUCAAAGCAAAAAUCACAUAAUACAAAGCUUGGACCAGAUGUUCAAUAUGAGGAGGGUUGGGACAAUACCCUUGUCAAACGGGUCAGUCGUAUGCUGGGUUCCAUCCCUGCUCCUCCAGCAUUUGCUGAAGAAUUCCCAACAAAAGAGGUAGCUUUGGGGCAGAACUUGUCGGCGCUCUCUCCCAGAUCAAUCCAUGUUACUGCUGGGGUGAUACAUAUAAGAGACAUGACAUACGUAGGCAGUGGAAAGGAUUCUUCACUGUGCAAGGGUGAAGAUAUGGGUCUCCUCAUUUCUUAUGGCAUGACAAGGGGUGAUGUGAUGGCUAAUGAACAGCUGAUCAGCCACUCUGUUGGUUAUGAACCGCUGGCUAAUCUACUCUCAGGUAAGGCAGGAUCCAUGAUGGUGCGGAGCGGAUUCUACCUGAUCCUCUUCUGGGUACUGAUUCUUUCAGUGAGCUACAAAAUAGGAUGCUGCAUAUGUACAAAGUAAUAGAUUUUCAAUAGGUUGGACCAUUUUCCUAACCACACACUCACAAA